GAACGUGGGGUCUACUGCCAGCGGCAGGUUUGCGGUCGGUGGGGCGGCGAUGGGUGGGAGGAGGGUCGCAGGCAAAACCAUCUCCGUAUGACCAGUGGUCGCUCCGGAGGAGCUUUGCCUGAAAAAAAUUCGGCGGGGUUGUUUCCUUCUGCUGGCGGUGACAUAUUGUGUGGCUGCUGGUGACAUUGUAUAGUCCUUCGUGUCAAGAUGUUGAGGUUACUGAACAAUUCUUAUGAUCAGCUGACCAUCUCUGACCCCCAAGGAGCUAAUCAUGAAAAGUUUAAAUCCUUUGAGCAUGAGCCAUUAAGGGAGAAUGGCUAUAAUGAAGGAGAAAGUGACGUGCACUCGCCUAAAUACUUCAAUGGAAGCAUACAAGAGCUUGGUUCACGCACUGUUGAUGUGUCUCCAGUAGUGAGAAAAGAGAGACAGUUCUCUAGUGACAGGGCCUUUUCUGUUGAAAGAAGGCUUGAUGGGAAAAGAACCAACUCUAUUUCACCAAUUUUGUUUGAAACUCCCAGGAUAACUGGCAAGACCAUCACAUUACGGCGGAGACUCCUCGAGUCCCAUCUCUCCUCAAGUGAGAAUGUGGAAUUGUGUAAAACUCUACAGUCCUCUGUAGCUGGUACAGAAGAAUGGCCUUGUACCAGGAUGUGUGAUAAAUUAUCGUUUUCAGAUAGCUCAUUGAAUUCUCCUGGAGAUUUGAAUUUUGAAGUUUUAUCAACCAGUACUCUAAAUAAUGAUGAUGAAAGUGGUACUUCAUGUAGAACUAAAAGGUAUUUGUUUGCACAGCAGCGAACCUCCACAAUAGAUGAUUUAAAGGGUAAAAAUCGGUUAAUAUCUGAAUGUGCAACAUCUGAUCAAUGCACUGCAUUCAGUAAACUUGACUUGAGCAGUUUCUCUUGCUCUGAAGAUUAUGAUGAAAUCACCUCAAGUGAAUCCUUUGUAACACCAUCUAGACAUGGAAAACCUAAAGCAUCUGGAGGUGACCUGUUUGUUACUCCGGUGAAUUUCAAUGUUAACUUAUCUGCAGGAAGGAUGUUACAAAGAACCCCUUCACAGGACAAAUUGGAUACCCCAACAGAGGACAGUGGGUAUAAUUCACUUGGUUUGGAAAAAUCAUUGGAUUCCUUCUCAAAUGAAAGUUCCUUUCAAGAAAUGGUGAAAAAUCAAAAGAGAACCCCCAAGAUGCAAGACUAUAAGAGGUCUGUUAGAAAAUUGGAAAGAACUAAGCGAUUAUCCACUCUCAGUGAGCGAGGCUCACAAUCUGAGACUGAGGACGAACACAAAGGAAUUCUUCUAAAAGGAUCAAAUUGCAAACUAAUAUCUCCCAAUAAAGACGAUGAGUUGGUCUUUGAAGAAAAUAACUGGGAGGAUUCUCGACUAAAAUUUGAGAAUUUCUCUCAUACCCCUGCAUUGCAGUUGAUACAGGAAUUAUGCAUGAGAAAAAGGAAAAGGCUGGGAAAUAUCACUGCUAAGGGUCAGAAUGAAUUGGAGGAAAAGGCACUAGAUGAAUCUAUGCCAUCACUGCAUAGGCUAAUUGGCAGAAAAAUGGGUUUGGAAAAAGUGGAUAUUCUGAAAGAAUUAUUGAACAGGAAUUUGACACACGUUCUCACUAUAAUUUUGUAUUGCCUCACUGUAGAAGAUAUCUGCAGAGUAUGGAAAGUGAGCAAAGUUUGGAAGAAAAUCGUCAAGCAAGACCAAGCACUAUGUCUCAAAAGAAAGCAGUAUUUGGAUGAAAUUCAUAACUACAGAGUGCAUAACCAACCUUGGGCUGCAGAUGCUGAAACCAGAUGUAAUCUCCCAGAUCGCCCUGCUUUGAAAUCUGUUCAGGCACAGGCAAGGGUUGUCUUCACUCCAACUCCCUCUGUUCGACAGGAGGUAACCACUACUAGAUGCAGUAGUGCUUCCAGGUCAAUUAGUAAAAGAGAAGAAUUCUUACAGGUUGCCAAAACACUGUUUAAUGAUGAGGCUUUAAAACCAUGCCCACGGUGCCAGUCACCUGCCAGGUACAAUCCAAUGGAGAAAAGAGGCCUCUGCAGUCGAGAAGAUUGUGCAUUUGACUUCUGCACACAGUGCUUUUGUGUUUUCCAUGGAUCCAGGGAAUGUGGCAGCAAGUCUGCCAAACAUUUUGGCAACAAAGGUGGAACGCCAGGAAGUGCUCAAAGCAAGAGGAACUUGAGAAGAUUAUAAAUUUUAAGGAAAAUGUAAACUUGAUAUGUAAAUAGAACCAGGAAAAUUCCCUAAAUACUUCUCCCUCCAUCACCUUGAGUUUUUUCUUAGCUGUGUGCAUGUGUACAAAAAUAUUUGAAUACUUUAAGCUAUCAAUUUGUUCAAAUUGUUUUCUAGUUAAUGAGUGGAAGGGGGGGUGGAGAAGGGAGAUGUGUAGUUCAGAUUACAAGUUUUCCCUCCUUUGUUCUAAUUUGCACAUCUGAUUUUAACCAAUGAUUUUUUUUUGUUUUGGGUUGGAUCUUCAGAUAUCCAUCAGUACUGUCAUGAUAGGAAGCCUGCUUCAAAAUCAUUGUGGUUUAAAGUUUCUCAAGGGCACAGUUUUUUUAAAAAAAAGAACGGAAGGAACAUGGGAUUGAAAAUGGACAAAUUGAUGACUCAGUUGAUCAAUAUUGAUCAGGGUGCAAAAUUUGCAAACUCUACCCUUGCUCUCAUUCCUACCUCCCUUUUUGUGUUCUUCAAAAAAAAAGGCAGUGGCUCUAUGAAUUCAUUCACUGAGCUUGAAAUCCAACUUUCCUCCAUUUUUGAAGUAUUUGAAGAGCUAUUUAAAAUGUUGACUGUGCGCGCAAAAUCAAAGCAGCAUGUAUGUCAAGAUUCUUGAAGACCCUUUGUGUAUAGUUUUAUAUAUGUUAAUAAGUUGACUUUUUAAGUGGAUUUUAAUUUGUUACAUGCUUAAUAAAAAUUUUCAUG